CAUCGUCACAAUCAUCAUCAGCACCAUAGAAAUUAUCAAAGAAACGCGGGAUUCCAUCAUCUAGGUCGACGAUCUGCUCGACGACAUUUUUGUUGAAUUUCUAUCAUUUCCCUGGGCCGAUUUGACUUACACCGAGUAUGUCGUUUCGUACCAUCGCGAUGGGGCCACGCGACCGGUGAAAUAGGAUGCAUCGCCUCAUCCGCUUGCCUAUGUCCGCCACGUUGUCUAAACUCAUCGGUCACGUCGUCUUUGGUAUCGCAGUGACUGACCUCGUUGAUCCAGAAGUUUUUGGGUCAUUUGAGGCUGGCACCGUGCCGCCAGCGCCAAUACUACAUACCGGUGCAAGAGACGCGAUGGAAGCUAUUCACAUUUCACCAGCGCUUCCAUCCAAAGGCGGAAUAUCAUCGCUGCACGCCCGUAAAUGAUGAUGAAAUUCCCGUUGUAAACUGCUGAGACCUCAACUCUCGCCCAUUGACCAAUUUUCUUUCCCAUUUGCAUCGAAGUUGUUCUUCUCCGGGCUGGCGCUUCCAGAUUGACGCAUGUCUGCCCAAGGUGGAGGAGCAGAACACGUGUGUCCGUCCGUCCGUCCGUCACCGCCUCACAAACUGGCACGACCAACACAUCGUCAACUUGUCUGAAACUGUUUGGAACUUGUGAACAGUUGUCAAGCCUGGUUUAUAGAAUGACUCAAAUAAGAUUCAGGCCAGGCAAGAGACCUG